UUUCAUCAUUUUUUUAUAAUUUUAGAUUUUUUAUUUCAUUAUUUUCAAAUAUAAUUUUCAAAAUGAUCGAAAAUAAAGGAGCUUCUGAAACUGAUGUAGUUGACACUUCUGUUGUUCAAAAUGAUGUCAACCAAUUGAAUGAGGAUUCAGCUUUGAUCAAAACUGAUGUUAAAGAAAGUGAUAGCAAUGAAGGGACUCCUGUACGUACAGAAGAUGAUGGGAAACCGAGAUUCUUCUCAUUAGCACAGAUCACCGUAAAAGUUAAUGAUUUUGCAUCUGCAGCAAUUGCUUCUGUAAAAGAGAAAUUUCUAGGCGAGGAUUACUGGAUUCCGAGUGACCCUUAUGAAGUUGUUGACAUUCGUUCAGAAUUGCUGGCCUGUCACAAAAUUGUUUAUCCUUCUGAUGGUCAUAUUGGUACAACUGCUUUAAUGGUCGUUCAAGGCUCUUUAAAGAGUGAUCCUUCAGUAGCUCUAAAUCAUGUUGUUUACACUUGUACUGAAGAUGGCAAGAAUAGACAUUUAACAAUUUUCCGUUCUUUUAACGCUGAGGAGGCUCUUGAUUUUUGUAGGCGUUGUGAUGAAUGUCGUGUUCUUUUUAAUCUUCUUGACCAAAAGAAGGAUAUUAGAAGGCCUGUUUGGGAUGUUACUUAUAUGAUUAAAAAUCAUCCACUUUGGCGAAUGGUUCAUAUUGCCAUAUUAUGCAAUCGAACAGAUAUUUUCUCUGAUGAAGGUAUUGAAUGUAUAAAGAAAUUUGGAUAUUCUGUUGAUGAUUUGACCAAUGUGGUUUGCUCUCCUGAAGGGAAAUAUCCUUUAAUGUUAGCAAUAGAAAAACAGCAAGAGUCAAUUGUUCGUUUUCUUCUUAAAAAUGGCGCUAAUCCAGGUGCACGAGAUCCUAAAGGGAACAAUUCGCUUCAUUAUGCAGCUUUGGCUUCAGCAAGUAUGUUAGAAACCCUUUGGCAUUUUGAAUCUUGCAAGCCUCUCUUAAACUCAAAAAACAACGAUGGGGAAACGCCAACUCGUGUUGCAUUCCAAAAUUUAAAUCCGCUUUGUCUAAAAACUUUGUUGGGUUUUGGUGGUGAAUUAAUGUUAAAGGCGUCUGACAAAAAUCCUCUUUUUGAGUUGAUGCAAUCUAAGGGGAAGACUGUUGAAAUGAUUCGUGUUGUUUUGGAAGCUUCUCCUGGAGUUCUUAAUGAACGAGAUUUGGCCACUGGAAAUACAUGCCUUCAUGCCGCCCUCUUCAAAACUUCACUUAUGAGUGUUCUUCAUUUAAAACAUACAGAGCUUGAUCUAAAUUCAAAAAAUAAAGCAGGAUUAACACCUUUACAUCAAUUUGUGAUAGCUGGAGAUUUUGGUUUAACAAUGUGUAUUGCCUCUUACGGCGCUGAUUUAAAUGUCCCUGCUGAUUAUUCAAAAAUGUCAGCUCUUCAUUUGGCUGUUUCUCAACGUAAUUUGGAAAUUACUCGUUUACUUUUAAGUCUCGGCGCUGAUCCAAAUCCAGUCAAUAGUCAUGGAGAUACUCCUCGUCAUAUGGCUGCUAAAUUAAAUGAAUUUGAACUUCUCAAAAGCUUAAUAAUUUGUGGAGCAAAACGCUGUCCAGCAACAAAAAUUGGCUGUGUUUCUGGUUGUGUAGAUAAUAAGGCACUCAGAGCAAUCAAGAAACCUUCCUCUUCAAUGCCAAUAAUAGUACCUGAUGCAAAGAAAAGUCCAACAUCUUUGGUGGAAGAAUUAGAAAAUCGGACAUUUAGUAAAGAAAUGUUGAGAUAUAAUAAAAUAUUGGAUGCUGAACAUAAUUCAAUUUAUAAUGAAAUGAUUGGGGUUUUGAAUGAAAAAAAUGAAGAUGAAAAUUCGAGUAUAAUAAAUAUACUUUCUUUGGAUGGCGGUGGAAUUCGUGGUUUGGUUAUUACUCAGAUAAUGUUAGAAGUUGAACGUGUUAUGGGUGAAUCUAUAUUUGAAUAUUUUGAUUGGGUGGCAGGAACUUCAACUGGUUCAUUAGUUGCUGCUGGUCUAACAAGUGGACAGACUCUUCGAGAACUUCAAAGGGUUUAUAUUCGUUUCAAAGACCUUGUUUUUGAUAAUCGUCGACCACACAAUACAGCCGUUUUGGAGACUUUUAUUCAAGAAGAAUUGGGAAAAGAUAAAUUGUUGAUUGAUUUGGAAUGGCCAAGACUUUUAUUUACUACAACAAAAGCAGAUUAUUUUCCUGUUCAAUUGGAAUUAAUGAGAAAUUAUACUCUCCCAACAACUGAUGAUGAGAAUUUGGAACUUGGAUUUAAAAAUUCAGAAACACCUACAUUCUUUUCUGCUGUUGAUAAUAAAUAUAUUGAUGGAGGUAUAAUCUCAAAUAAUCCGUCACUUGAAUUAUUACAAGAAGUACAAUUUUGGAAUAGUUUUAAUAAAUUAAAGAAUAUUCCAAAAUCUGUUCGUAUUGGUUGUCUUUUAAGUAUUGGAACUGGUUCUAUUCCUUCGACAAAAUUGGAGCCAGCACAUUUAGAGUUAGCACAAAAUUAUAUUACACAACCAAUAACUUCUUAUAAUGCUGUGAUUACUAUUGGACAAAUUUUGAUUGAUCAAGUAUCAGCAACAGAAGGAGCCCCUGUACACAGAGCUGGAGCUUGGUGUAUAUCUUCAAGAACACCCUAUUUUAGACUUAGCGCUCCUCUUCAUAAAGAAGUUCAAAUGGAUGCAAAAGGUGAUGAAGAAAUUGCUAAAAUGAUGUGGGAUUGUAUUGAAUAUAUGUAG